AUGUCACAAAAAGUGUUUUACACUCAAAGCUCAUGCAUAGAACUACAGCUGAUCGUGUAUGUGCUCCUUGGAAGGGGCACUUUAGCAGAAAAACUAUGUUUCCCGAAGAACUUUCUGUUCGGUGUCUCUACAUCGGCCUUCCAGAUUGAAGGAGCUUGGAACUAUUCAGACAAAGGCGAGAGCAUCUGGGACCGCUACACGCACCAGCACCCGGAGCGCGUAUUCGACCACACCAACGCGGACGUCGCCGCCGACUCCUUCCACCACCUCCGAGAAGACAUCAAGCUUCUGAAGGAGCUCGGAGUGCAGUACUACCGGUUCUCUAUAGCCUGGUCAAGGGUCUUGCCUACUGGGUUCAGCAAUGUAGUCAGCGCAGAUGGAGUGAAGUACUACAACACGCUGAUCGACGAGCUGAUCGCCGCCGGCAUCAAGCCGCUGGUCACGAUGUACCACUACGACCUGCCGCAGAGCCUGCAGGACCUCGGCGGCUGGACCAACCCGGCUGUCGCUGACUACUUCAAGGAUUAUGCCAGGGUGCUGUUCAACACAUUCGGUGACCGCGUCGAGGGUUGGAUCACGUUCAAUGAGCCGUACACCUUCUGUCUCUCCGGCUAUGGCGGUAACGAUGCUCCGGGAAUGCAAUCCAGCGGCUUCGAGACCUACCUGUGCGGACACAACAUCCUGCGAGCCCACGCCAUGACUUACCAUCUUUACCACAAUGAGAUGGAUGCUAGAGGUUUCAUCACAAUCACCUUAGAUAUGUCAUGGAUGGAAGCAGCAACAAAAGACGACGAAGACGCGGCCGAGAGAGCCAGACAAUUUAUUUUCGGUUGGUUUGCACACCCAAUCUUAUCCAAGGAAGGAGACUACCCUCCAGUUAUGCGCCAGCGAAUCGACGAAUUGUCCAGGAAACAAAACUUCCCUCGCUCACGUCUGCCAGUCUUCACUCCCGAAGAAGUCAAAUCUCUCAAAGGAACCGUUGAAAUUAUUGGCCUAAACACUUACAGUGCAUACUUGGUCUCUGAAGGUCAUUCCAAGGUGGACAAAACUCCAUCUUUCCAGAACGACAUGAAUGUCUCCUUGAGACAGGAUCCUACGUGGCCCAGAAGUAACUCUUCCUGGUUGAGAGAUGUUCCCUGGGGUUUCCGUAAGAUCCUGAACUGGAUUAAGGAGACCUACAACAACCCCCCAAUAGUCGUCACAGAGAAUGGUGUCUCCACUGUGCCAGGCCUGAAGGAUGUUUCCAGAGUGUCAUACAUUGAUGGUCACCUCAGGGCUCUGCACGCUGCCAUUGUAGAAGACAAAGUAGAUGUUCGCGGGUACACCUACUGGAGUCUUAUUGACAACUUUGAAUGGAUGCGAGGGUUUUCAGAGCGUUUCGGUCUAUACGAAGUAGACUACGCGUCAGCUAACAAGCGGCGGACCCCACGCCUGUCAGCCGCUUACUACAGCAACGUGGCCAGGACUAGUUGUCUCCCCACGCCCCAAGCCGUCACCUGGCUGAGGAACCACUUGCAAUAGCUUCUAGGGAUACAGUCAUGGUGAUUUUGGAACUGCAAUUUACUUAGAUGAUACUCAGUCAAUAGUGGAGAACAAGAUCAGGUCGUAUUUUAAGAGAAGAAGUAAGUAUCGAAAUAUCUUCGGAAAAAGAAAUCCAUCAUUGGUGUGUGAUGGAAAAAUAUGCAAAUUUUAUUUAUUCUAUAUAGGUAUUUAGUGACUUUAAGCGAUGUUACGUCCCUUGUACAAUGUACAGAGCGUAGGCUAAUACUAUUCAUGUAAUAAAAAUAUUAACAUUCGUGUAUCAAAGUUAUAUGGAUGUGAUGUAUUAUAAAGAGAGAUGGUAAAGUACCUAGAGGUAUUUUUUGUUUAGGAUGGAUUUAAUAAAACUAUUUAAUAAACAA